AUGUUAUUUGUAAGCAUACUGAUAAUAUCGCAGUUCUCUGCAUACCUGACGCAACCUGACUUUUUUGAACGUCCACCAGAUUGGUUUUUUCCAGGCCCGCCGCCGCCCAGACCAUGGGGACCGCCGCCUCCAUGGCACCGUCACAGGGGACCACCUCCAUUCGGUCCACCACCUCCUUGGGAUAGACCUCCCCCACCAUGGCGACGUCCUCCGUGGCACCGAAGACCUCCAUGGGAUUUCCCACCGCCACCGCCUCCUCCGCCACCGCCAGAGCCUCAACAAGAUCAACCACAAGUGAUGUUCAGUCAGGAUAUUGACAAGGUUGUGAAUAGUGUCAACCAGAACACCGCAGCAUUCCAAAGGCCUGGAGAGAGUUAUGAUAAAGUCAUCCAGCUAAUGAGUUCAUACUUCAAUAGAAAAUCUGGAUCACAAUACGAUAUGAAUACAGUAAUCCCAUCAAGUGGAAUAACUAAUAACGAAAUCACUGCAAAUAGCAAGAUAGCAACCAUCAUGUUUGAAAGCGAUAUGGCUCUAACAGUUGCACAAAUGAACAAAGUCGCUCAAAACGGGUUUCGCGUGAAAAGAAAAAUGAAUCUUAAUGGAACGACGUGGUCCAGAAAUAUUCCUUAUCGGUUUUUAGAUACUGAUGCAAACUGGCAAACGCAAAUUACAAAUGCUUUAAGAUAUUAUGAAAGAAACAGUUGCAUUCGAUUCUCUCUGAAUGGGGCAGGCACGGAUUAUAUUGUUUUUAAUCAAGGAGAAGGUUGCUAUUCGAGUGUUGGCAAACUUGGUGGAGCUCAAGAAAUUUCAAUUGGGUAUGGAUGUGAAACACUUGGAAUCAUCACUCAUGAAGUUGGUCAUGCCUUGGGAUUCUGGCACGAACAAGCUCGACCGGAAAGGGAUUCUUAUGUUCGUCUACCGUACGAUUAUGGGUCUGUUAUGCAUUACGGCCCAAAAUCAUUUUCAAAAUCUUCUACUUUGAAUACCGUAGAACCAACUGACGCCGCGUUUAUUAAUACUAUAGGAAAUCGACUGGAACCUUCAUUUUUAGAUCUCAAAUUGUUGAACACUGCUUUUUGUUCAAAUGUAUGUACAAAUAGAAUCAAUUGCCAGCAUGGCGGAUACCCGGAUCCCAACAACUGCUGGCAGUGCAAAUGCCCCACAGGUCUGGAAGGCACUUAUUGCGAACGGUUGCAAACUUCAAAUUGUGGAGUGGAGUUGCCACGUGCUGACUUCACAUGGAGAAAUAUUUCAUAUUCUGGAUCCUCUGACUGUUAUUGGAGAAUUGUUGCGGCAAAUGGAGGUAACGUCAGGUUUGAAAUAACAUAUGUUAUGUACCGAUGUUCUCCUGUCUGUGAAGAGUUUGUAGAGAUAAAAGCAGAAUACACCCAUGAAGCCACAGGCUAUCGGCAAUGUUGCAGAGCAGUUCUAGGGGAAAGAAUCAGUAAAAGCAAUAGUGUUUUGAUUAUUUCCAAAGCUUCACAAAACUCCCAAUUUGUCUUACGAUACAGAGCAGAUGGAAAUGCGCCAACACCCAGACCCUUACCAGUGACUGCUGCAGCGCCAAGAAGUUAUUCACUCCAGUGGUCGGGUUGGACAGGAUGCUCUGAGAACUGUGGCUCAUGUGGUACCCAGUAUAGAACAAGGUGUACUAGCACAACGGAUUGCUCAAGACCUCGUCGACAAACCAGAGUCUGUAACACCCAACCAUGUGCUCAAGGAACAACAAGAGGAAAACGAAGUGUAUUGGAAACACAAAUAUUUCAUCGCAACAAACGAUAUGGUGAAUGGUGCUGUGCUCACUUUGUUCUUUCGAGAGGAAAUUGUGUUCCUGUGCGAAAUGGAUAA